CGCGCCGGGUGGCAGGUGUCAGCGGCGUCGGCAUUCGGCGGCGAUGGAGCGGCCCCGGGGAGCUGCGGACGGCCUCUCGCGCUGGCCCCACGGCCUCGGCCUCCUCCUCUUCCUGCAGCUGCUGCCGCCGGCGACCCUCGGCCAGGACCGGCUGGACGCACCGCCGCCGCCGGCUGCGCCUCUGCUGCGCUGGUCCGGCCCCGUCGGAGUGAGCUGGGGGCUGCGCGCGGCCGCGGCCGGGGGCCCGAUCCCCCGCGUCGGCCGUUGGCGCCGCAGCGCGCCCGGCGAGGACGAGGACUGCGUUCGGGUCUCAGACUUCGUCGCGAAGCUAGCCAACAACACGCACCAGCAUGUGUUUGAUGAUCUCAGGGGCUCAGUAUCCUUGUCCUGGGUUGGAGAUAGCAGUGGGGUUAUUCUAGUCUUGACUACCUUCCAUGUACCACUGGUAAUUAUUACUUCUGAACAGUCCAAGCUAUAUCGAAGUGAGGAUUAUGGGAAGAACUUUAAGGAUAUUACAAAUCUUAUCAACAACACCUUUAUUCGGACUGAAUUUGGCAUGGCUAUUGGUCCUGAGAACUCUGGAAAGGUGAUAUUAACAGCAGAGGUAUCUGGAGGAAGUCGUGGAGGAAGAAUCUUCAGGUCAUCAGAUUUUGCAAAGAACUUCGUGCAGACAGAUCUCCCUUUUCAUCCUUUGACUCAGAUGAUGUAUAGUCCCAAUAAUUCUGAUUACCUGUUAGCCCUCAGCACUGAGAAUGGCCUGUGGGUGUCCAAGAAUUUUGGGGGAAAAUGGGAAGAAAUCCACAAAUCAGUGUGUUUGGCCAAAUGGGGGUCAGAGAACACCAUCUUCUUUACUACCUAUGCAAAUGUCUCCUGCAAAGCUGAUCUUGGGGCACUGGAAUUAUGGAGAACUUCAGACUUGGGAAAAAGCUUCAAAACCAUUGGUGUGAAAAUCUACUCAUUUGGUCUUGGGGGACGUUUCCUUUUUGCCUCUGUGAUGGCUGAUAAGGAUACAACAAGAAGGAUCCAUGUGUCAACAGAUCAAGGGGACACAUGGAGCAUGGCCCAGCUUCCCUCUGUGGGUCAGGAACAGUUCUAUUCUAUUCUGGCAGCGAAUGAUGACAUGGUAUUCAUGCAUGUAGAUGAACCUGGAGAUACUGGAUUUGGCACAAUCUUUACCUCUGAUGAUCGGGGCAUUGUGUACUCCAAGUCUUUGGAUCGACAUCUCUACACUACCACAGGUGGAGAGACCGACUUCACGAAUGUGACCUCCCUCCGCGGGGUCUACAUAACAAGCACGCUCUCAGAAGAUAAUUCCAUUCAGACCAUGAUCACUUUCGACCAAGGAGGAAGGUGGAAGCACCUGCGGAAGCCUGAAAACAGCCAGUGUGAUGCCACCGCAAAGAACAAAAAAGAGUGCAGCCUUCAUAUUCAUGCUUCCUAUAGCAUCUCUCAGAAACUAAACGUCCCGAUGGCACCACUCUCAGAGGCUAACGCCGUAGGCAUAGUCAUUGCUCAUGGUAACGUGGGAGAUGCCAUCUCGGUGAUGGUCCCAGAUGUGUACAUCUCAGACGAUGGGGGUUACUCCUGGGCGAAGAUGCUGAAUGGACCCCACUAUUAUACCAUCUUGGAUUCUGGAGGCAUCAUUGUGGCCAUUGAGCACAGCAACCGUCCUAUCAAUGUGAUUAAGUUCUCCACAGAUGAAGGUCAAUGCUGGCAAACCUACAUGUUCACCAAGGAGCCCAUCUAUUUCACCGGCCUGGCUUCAGAACCUGGAGCCAGGUCUAUGAAUAUCAGCAUUUGGGGGUUCACAGAAUCUUUACUAACCCGCCAAUGGGUCUCCUACACCAUUGAUUUUAAAGAUAUCCUUGAAAGGAACUGUGAAGAGAAGGACUAUACCAUAUGGCUGGCACACUCCACAGACCCUGAGGAUUAUGAAGAUGGCUGCAUUUUGGGCUAUAAGGAACAGUACCUACGGCUGCGCAAGUCGUCUGUCUGUCAGAAUGGUCGAGACUAUGUUGUAACCAAGCAGCCAUCCAUCUGUCCCUGUUCCUUGGAGGACUUCCUCUGUGAUUUUGGCUACUUCCGUCCAGAAAAUGACUCAAAGUGUGUGGAACAGCCAGAGCUGAAGGGGCAUGACCUAGAGUUUUGUCUGUACGGGAGAGAAGAGCACCUGACGACAAAUGGGUACCGGAAAAUUCCAGGAGACAGAUGCCAAGGUGGGGUGAAUCCAGCUCGAGAAGUAAAAGACUUGAAAAAGAAGUGCACAAGCAACUAUCUGAGUCCCAAAAAGCAGAAUUCCAAGUCAAAUUCUGUUCCAAUUAUCUUGGCCAUCGUGGGAUUGAUGCUGGUCACAGUCGUAGCAGGAGUGCUCAUUGUGAAGAAAUAUGUGUGUGGUGGAAGGUUCCUUGUGCACAGGUACUCAGUGCUACAGCAACACGCAGAGGCUGAUGGUGUGGAUGCUUUGGACACAACCUCUCAUGCUAAUAAAAGUGGUUAUCAUGAUGACUCAGAUGAGGACCUCCUGGAAUAGCUGUUCAAAGGAGCUGGGACCAAGCAUGGAUAGUGGAACCACAGUACCUCUUACACUCCCUGUGGCUCCAACUUGGGGGAAAUGAGUUUCCCACUGUGAGGGACCCAGCUCUGUUUCUGCUGCUUCCAUCAAAGCCAAAAGGACCUUCACUAAGGAAAUGCAGGGUGGGGGUGGGGAACCCUGAGUACAAUUGGCUCUGAGGGGAGGGGGAUUUAAAUUCUUUAACGUCAUUUCAAGUUCUGUCUUUUUUUAAAGUAUGGGCUUUGGGGUUUUGUUUUAUUUUUAAGGGAAACGAAAUGGAAUUUGAAGGGACUAUUUCACUAACUCCACUCUUGCAUGUUCUACGUGGGGCCCAGCCCAGGGCAUCUGCCUACUUCAGCAUCAACGUACCCAGUGCUGUCCCUGGGCUCUGCUGGCCACGUGGAGCAGCUGUGCAGCAGGAAACCACUGCAGUGACAGCACACAGCCUGGCCGCUUUUCUCCAUUUGGGGACAGCCUGGCCCCAAGAACAUUGCACACCAGCUCCUCACACAGAGCCCGAUGCUGCUUCUCCCCCUCUCCAGGGACCGUAGACCACAGUGAUUUUUCUUUUCCCCUGUUUAAUUAGGCAAUACCCUUGUUAAUUGCCCUUUGGCAACUAACUAAACCAUGUGCUUCCAAGACACUAAAUCAGGAAAACUUACAGGGCAAUAUUUUUAACUUGGGGCAGGAAGAAGGGAGCAACAGAGAAUUGACUAGAUUUAGCACCUAUUAAAGGCGAAAAACUGGCUGCUUCUGAGGUCGUUCAAGCUGUGCUUUGUGUGUGUGCCAGUGGACUUGCUCAAGGACAGGGUGCAGGCAUGGCCUGGAAGUGUGCCCAGGCUCAAUCAUCUCUCCGCUGAAGUUGGUCAGUGAGCACACUGUGCCGCACUGAGGACUGGCCCUCAGUCUUCCCAUUGCUCCUGGUGUGUUGGCUCAUUGGUGAGCAUUACAGUGGCUGCUCAUCCGCCUCCUCCUUGGUUGCUAUUGUACGUGGAGCCAGAACAAGAGUUGUUUUCAGAUUUAUAGACUUUUUUUUUUUUAAAUCAGAAUUUUCUGACCAGGCCCUCCUUCUCACCCCUUUCCCCAGCUUUGUCAAGUCAUUUGUUGGCAUGAAACUUUUGGCUGAACCAAUCAAAAACACACUUCCAGUCUGGAUACUUUGGGAUCAUAUUUUAAAUUUAAGGAAGUUUUCCAUUUGACAUUUUCCCAAAUUAAACAAAUUCUAGAAUGCAGUUGGGUGGAUUUGGGGGUGGCCAGAUAGUAAUGGAAAGCUGGAAUAAUUAGUUUUAAUACAGCUUGGAUAUUUGCUAUACAGUAAUAUAGUGUGGUCAGUCUUUGGUCUUACCAUACCUGUUGUGCUGGUCACAGUUUCUCCUGAUAAUUAUGAUUGGGACAUUCUUUAGUAAGAUGCCAUUUUGCUGCUAGUUCAUUUUGUGGCUAGAAAGACAGUAAAAAGUAAAUGUGCCAAAUUAACUUUUGUCAGAAUGUGAGAGCAGAUGGCCAAGUUCUUUCCUCUCCAGAAUGGAUGAACAGCAGCAAGGACAGAGGAGGAGGGAGUGGAUAGAAAAUUUUGAGACUUUGAAAUUGCAGUAAAAUUACAUGAGUCAGGGAGUUUCAACUAGAAAGUGAAGUUAGGGCAGUUUUUUUUUUUUUUUUUUAAGAAUUAAUAUUUGUGAGGGCUAGAAUUCGUUCAUUUUGUAAUUCGUUCAUUUUGCAUGGUUUUAAAUUUUAAAAUGAUUCCAAAGAUCACCAGCUCAAAAAUGAUGAAAGUGUCAGCCUCUGUCCCACCCUCAACUCCUGCUCAAAGUGAAUUCAGUGCCCAGAAAACACCUAUUAACACCACAUGCCCUUUCUCCCACAUGCCCUUUACCCAGAUGGGGGUAGGUGUACCAGUACACAAUAAUCCUCAUAUUAGUUUUAAGGUGUAGGAAAGUUGAUAUUCUUCUCUGAACAGAUAAUAUUAAGGUUCUUUGCUUAUAAUACCCGGGAUUUCUGUAGAAUUUGAUAAUUUUCAGAGCACCCACACACACACACACAUUCUUGUGGUGGAGUGAGGAAGCAAACUUGAGUCUGUCGUUCAGGGUCCCUGUGCGUGAGGAGCAGCGCUGUCUUCAGAACUCUGGAGAAUCAUCAACGCUGGCAGGUUCUGAGUGCUUGACAUGGGCUUCUUUCUUAUAGGUUACUUGCUGUUCUUGAGGACAGGGAUCAGUGUCAUUUCUUUCAGAGCAUUACUUAGCACCUUUUUAUUUUCUUUUUGGGAAACAGAAAAGUUUAUUCUCCUGUUUUUUUAUGUCUGGAAUCAAAAGUAAUGGUAAUCAUGAAUGUGUGUCAGGAAAGACCCCUCCUCUAGUGAAGGGUCACUACUGAGGAAAACAGAAGUGAGUCUCGUGGAAGGCCCCCUUCUCCUGUCUGCUGCUUCCACCCCUGCCUGGCUGGCUCUGUUGGCUAGAGGACCGUCUGCAAGCCUGGCCUUUUUUGGCCAGUUCACUUUCAGUGUCAGCCCACUCAGUCACAAGUAUGUGCCCUCAGCCAGAAAGUAAAACAGUCUAAAUCCAUUAUAGCUUCUAAAAUUAAAAAACAAAAACGCUAAUUUGUCCUACUCAGGUUAGGAGCAUCGUCCUUUACUUGAAGGUAAAACCUAGCAUAUUGUUGUGUAAACUCCUAGGCUUGAUGGUAGCAGAAGAAAUUAUUUCUGGAGGCUUGAACCAUAGAAUCUAGCAUUGUUAGGUAGGUUGGACAUGUCAGACAGUCUUAAGUCAUCUGAGCUCUUAAAUCCAAAACUCGAUGUCCUUCCUACUCAAGAUGUAGGGAACUUUUGGUUUUUACCAAGACCAGAGACCAGGACUGAAUAUGCCUAAGCUGUGAAUUGAUCAGGGACACUACUCAGAAGAGUAGAAGCCUUUGAAGAGUUUGGCUGCUGAAGGGUGGGCUCAGGAACUACAGCUGAGUCCCUAUAACUGAACUCUGUGGUUGCUGCCUGCCCCUGAAUAGACUUUCUCUUAUUUAGGUUUUCCUAUGGGUCUCUGCAUGCCCCCAAAUGGGCUUUUUCAUCCCUGACAGGUUAGCAUCAGGGAUCAGUGCAUCCCUCCGUCUCCUGCACUGGGCCUGUAAACAUCCCAUAGCCUGUGUCAAGACACCAGGAUGCAGAGAGGGGCAGAGGGCCAUCCACACUAGUCCCAGGGUAACAGGCUUCAGGCACUUGAUUAUUUCCUAGGCAAGCUAGCCUGAUAGAGCGUGCCUGUCUUUUCUUUAGGAGCACUCUGCAGGGCCCUGCCCUCUACACAAGGCUAAAACCUCGCCAGCUCCUUGUCAGCACAGCCCUCUCAUCUCCACGUUAAGCCAGGGUACUUGGAACUGUUAAAAUAGGAAGGAAUGCAACUUUUCAGCUUUCUACCACCUUCCUUCCAGGAGGAAAGUUAACAUGGACUUAACUGUCCUUUGAAAAAACCAAAGUUUGAGAUUUGCCAUACGAGGUAGCGACAGGGAGGGCCAGAGUCCACAGGUGCCAGACUUUCUGUUCCAUCUGCCAUUAUUUUGUCUAGUGCAGGCAGCUCCUGGAGCAUCAUCCUGCCCUUGCAGAGCCCAGGCCCUGCCCUCAUGAGGGAUAAUUGAAAUAGCAGGAGCAUGUAGAUUUCUCGGUUAUGUUGCAUAACAAUAAGAACUAGAGCAUUAAUUUGAAAUUGUCUUCAAUAAUUUGCUGUAUGCAUUUUUUUCACACCAGUACAUUCUCAAGCGUCCUUGUUUAUAUGGAAUAACAUAAACUAACCUGUACCUUUAUAUAUAUAUAUGUGUGUACAUAUAUACAUGUAUAAACUGUAUAGUGUACAUGUUAAUGAUUUAUUGAUAUGCCCCAAAUCUUUAAUGCAGUUCUCAUCUUCUGCAUGCCCUCAAUUGUGGUCAAGUGACUUUAUGUCCCCUGGUGGUUCUGCUCACCUCCUGUGUUGGAGCCUCCAGGGAGGAGGGUUUGGGUCAUUCUCUCCUUAUCCUCGUGCACAGAAAUGCUCAGGGUCCCCAUGUGCCUGUUCAUCCCUCUCUGGUCUCUUGUUCCCUUUCUGAGCAUGUGGUCCCUUCCCAAGCCAUCCUAUGAAAGUGUAUAGCAGUAUUAAGAUCAUUACUGCAUGUGUGCUGAAAAACCCAAGUUUUCUGUUCCUUUGGGACAGAAAAUUGCAUGUGAGGUGGAAUAAUCAAGUUUCAAUGACCCAUGUCAGUUACACAGCAAAGCCAGACCCCAUAAUGCAAUUCCACAAAAUGGAAAUAAAACUGAAAUUUCUUUAUCAUUGUGUAAAUAAAUCUGGAUGUGUUUAACUUUGUACUGGUAAUUUUAUGUAUAUUUGCAAUAUUUGGGUUAGAAAUAAAACAGACUGGACUUUGUUACCUGA